GUUAGCGAUCAAACGGUGUUCAGAGAACUCUGGUGAGCGCGUCCGUUCCGCAGUUCCGUUCGCUCCAAACUAUCUGAUCGGCGUUGUAAUUUGUAAAGCAUUGUGCACGCAGCGAUAGUAAAGGGUCACUGCAAUGGUUUGUGUGCUCGCUAAAGGAGAGAUCGAAAUGAUCGAGCUCUGACCGUGUCGCGGUUGCACCGAGCCGUCAACAUUCUGAUGUGAUAACCGAGGUACACGACGGUUAUUCCUAGCUGAUCACGAAAAUCUACUGCCGAGGAUAUGGCGGUGGGUUCGACCAAGGUGGUCCAAGUAACCAACAUCGCGCCACAGGCGACCAAGGACCAGAUGCAAACUCUGUUUGGCUACCUCGGAAAGAUUGAGGACAUCAGGUUGUAUCCGACUAUAAGAGACGUUGCGGUUCCUGUCCAGUCUAGAAUAUGUUAUAUUAAAUUUCACGAACAGGGCAGCGUCACCGUCGCCCAACACAUGACCAACACUGUCUUCAUCGACCGUGCGCUUAUAGUCAUACCCUAUCAGAACGGGGACAUCCCUGAUGAGCAGAGGGCGCUCGAGCUGACCAACAACGGGACGGUUGUUCCAGGUCUGUAUCCGUCGGAGCCAAAGCUUCCAGCUAAUGUUGUGAACUCGAUAGAAGGACUUCCUCCGAACCAUGUUAUUACAACGAUCGAUCCGAGGCUAGAGUCCAAUGGUCUGCCGUCGUACCCACAUUUGCCGGGUCACUUGGACAGCCGAAGGAUCGAAGAGAUUCGUCGAACUUUGGUGGUAGCCAAUCUCGACUCUUCUGUCUCACAGGAUCAGUUGUUGGACUUUUUUGCUAACAAUGGUGUGGAGAUAAAAUAUCUCAGGAUUUGCACCAGGGACUCUGAUACGGAUCACUAUGCUUUGGUCGAAUUGUCCGAACAAUCGUCUGUUAUCGCUGCACUCUUGUUGAACGGCAAACUCUUGGCAGAUAAACCGAUAAAAAUGUAUCACUCUACCCAGUCAAUUGCAAAGCCUGAAGCUAAGAGCAACGAGGCAGCACAAAAGGAGAUAGAAGAAGCCAUGUCUAGGGUAAAAGAAGCCCACAAUUUAAUAUCGGCCGCUAUAGAUCCUAUGAUUGGUAUGCUUUCCAAGGAUAAACGAAGCCGCAGUGGCUCCCGUGGGCAUAGAUCUAGAUCCAGGUCGCGAGGAAGGAGCAGGCGAUCCAGAUCUAGGAAAAGGUCCAGAUCCAGACACCGACGAUCUCGAUCUCGUCAUAGGCGCAGGUCACGCUCGAGAUCCAAGCGCUCCAGAUCGAGGGAUCGUAAGAAGAAGUCACCGUCGCGAAGAAGGAGCAGCUCCAGAGGACGUCAUAGAUCCAGAUCAAGGUCUAGAAGAUCUCAUUCUAAGUCACGCAGAUCUAGAACCAGAUCCAAAGAUCGAAAGAAGAAAUCGCCAACUAGGAGGAGAAGCCGGUCACGGUCUCGCAGUAAGCGGUCCAAAUCUCGGUCCAGAAAGUCAAGAUCCAAAUCCAAGUCGCGUUCUUCCAAGUCAAAAUACUCCGAGAAGAGCAAGGACAGAGAUAAAGACAAGGAGCGGCGCAGUAAAGACAAGUCGGACAGUAAUGGAAAGAAGAGUGACGCAGAUAAAUCUGAGAAAAGUGAAAGGGACAAAAGCGAUAAGAAAUCUAGCAAGGAUAAAAGGUCGGAAAAGGAGUCUAAAUCGGAUGAAAAAAGUCGCGGUGGAUCCGACUACAGCGACAGUAAAGAUAAAGUAGAAUCAGAAAAUUGAUGACACAAUGUAUUUUUUUUGCAAUUUAAAAUAACACUCGUUUAUACCUGUCAAUCCGACAUCGUUCGUAAAAGUAAUGAAAUGUAAUUAAGGAACACAGUGAAUUGAUUCAAUAAAUCAACUAUACGAAAUUCAGUA